AUGAUGAAUGGCCAAGGGAGAGUCAGUCCUGGAACUGCAGCUCCAGCAGAAGAGAGAAGCUGCUCCAGGCUGAACAUCUGGGUCUUCCUUAUUUUUGCUCUCACAAUCAAAGCUGCCUUUAUGACGAUCUGCCUUGUGGUUCUCUUCUGGCACAGCAGUGAGCAGCCCAGAGCCCUGCAGCAGCAGUUCUCGGAGUGGAAGUGUGACUCAGCAGUGACACAAGGCACAGACCGAGGCUGGACGUGCUGCCCAGAGGGCUGGAGGAGGUUUCAAAGAAGCUGCUGUUUCCUGUCCCUUGCUAGGAUGAACUGGGCUGAGAGUGAGCAGAACUGCUCUGGGAUGGGCUCCCAGCUGGUGGUGAUCAACAGCAAGGCAGAGCAGGAAUUCCUCUCCGAGCAGAUAAAACAACCUCCAGAUAGAGUGUAUUUCUACACUGGUCUCUUUGCAGAGAAGGUGGGCCAGUGGCAGUGGGUGGACAGGACUCCAUAUAAUGUGACAGCAGCGUUCUGGAGAAAAGGAGAACCAAGUAACACCCAUUAUCAAAAUUGCACUCUGCGCCGGCUCUGCCCCAUCUUCACCACCGGGACCGAGCGCAGGCAGAGCGUGCCUGCGGCUGAAAGAAGGGACUGGAACUGA